GCUGCCGCAGGGGGCGGGGCCUCGCUGCAGCCCGGGGGCGGGGCCAGCCCCGCGCAUGCGCAGUCGCCGCCAUGGACGAGCCGCUCCUCGUCACCGUGGUCUAUUGCGGUGCCUGAGGCUACAAGCCCAAGUUCCUGCAGCUCAAGCGGGAGCUGGAGCGGCGCUUCCCGAGGGGGCUGGAAGUGCGCGGGCAGGGCACCAGGGAGGUGACGGGAUGGUUCGAGGUGACGGUGGGCGGGAGCCUCGUGCACUCUAAGAAGGCCGGUGACGGUUUCGUGGACACGGAGGCGAAGCUGCAGCGCAUCGCCGGAGCCAUCGGCAUGCUGCUGCCGCCCGCCUAACGCCGCGCCAUUCCCGGCGCCAUUCCCGGGAUCCCGGCGCCAUUCCCGGCGCAGCGCUCCAUGACGGGAACAGCCAAAAGCAGCGGGUUGAUCCCAGACCCCCCCGCGCUGCCGCCGGGAUCCAGCCCUGAUCCCGCCCCCUCUUCCCGCUCUUUUCGGUGGCUUUAUCCCUGUUUUCCGCUUCUCCCGGCGUGAAGCCGCCGAACCCCGCGCUCAGCCGCGGGAAUUUCCCGCUUCCCCCCCCCCGUUCCCGCAAUCCCCGCUCAUGGAAUAAACUCAUGGAAAACCCUC